CUCCAGUACCAGGACCGGCUCUGGACCCCCCCCCUGCCCUGCCCCAUGGAUGUGGGGGGGCUGUUGGGGGCUCUCGGGGGGAGGGGCUCCCCCGGCCCCUCCCCCACCCUGCUCCUGGACUCCCUGAGCUGGCUCCUGCUGCGCAUGCGCCCCCCCCACGUGGGCGGAGCCAUCGCGGGGCUGCUGCGGGGGGGCACCGAGGGCGGGAUCAAUGGCUCCCAUAGGGAUCAAUGGUGCUCCUACACCCCCAGGCCGCGUGGUGGCGCUGCUGCACGAGGACCUGCACCCCCCGUCCCUGGUGCGGGCGCUGGGGGCCAUGGCCACCGCCCAGCUCGUGCUGGGAGGCCCCGCCCCCAUGGCCACGCCCCUCUCCCAGGCCACGCCCCCCAGGCUCGUGCGCGUCCUGACCCGACCCCGACGGGGGGGGGGCACCCAGAAGGAUGAAGCCUUCACUGUGCACCCCAAUGGCACCCUGGGGGUGCCCCCCCCUCUUCUGGCCACAGAGGGAGAAGGGGGGGGGCCCUCCCCCACCCCCCCAUCGGGGGGUGCCCCCUCCCCCAUCACCUUCCGCUUGAGGCUGUCGGGGGCAGAGCGAGCAGCACGAGCGGCCGUGACCCCCCCCUAUGAGCACAGGAGCUCAAUGCAAGGGGUCCCCAUAGACCCGGACCCCCCCGAGGAUGAGGACCCGGAUGAAGACCUGGAUGUCUGACCCCCCCCACACCUUGUUUAUUAUAGUACCCACAUAAACACCACAAUAAA